GCAAUCGUCAGUCCAGUGCUCAUCCGAAGUGCUGGGCUUGAGAGUGAGUGAUGACUGUAACAGGGGCAGCUGAAGCUUAGCUGUGUGGCUCACAGAAAAAGGUGUACAUUGUAUUUCUCUGCUUUGGUAGCAGGUGCAGGCUCUUUACUGAAGGGAGAGUUGCCUAAAAGGAAAAGAAGAGAUAUUUUGUGUGGAUUUUAUUCUGGUUCUUCUGACUGCUACACUAUAUAUUAUCAUUAAGACCUGGAGGCUUGGGGGACACUGGCACCUUUGACUUUUAUCUUGCUGUUUCCUAUUUCUGAAAUCUUAGAUGCAUCCUUAGUUUUAAAAUAUUUUUGGGGUGUGACUAUUUUUGGUCUCAGCUGAUUAUCUCAAGCUAAAUAUACACUGUAUUGUUGUGGACUUGACAGUGUUCUAGGGGCACCUUUGGACCCCAACUUGCAGCCAACAUUGACUAACUUGGCUAUAGCAGUGAGAGGACAAUGCCUGGAUUAUCCUAUAAUAAGCGACUCUGUAACUUGCCUGUUGGAAGCUGCAAGUGAAUCAGGGACUGGAGGCUGUCGGUUAGCUGCUGGCUGCAUUCCACCAGUUUGUCUGAAGACUGUAAACAUCUUGACAACCUUCACUAGCUGGUAGGAUACACGCACAACGAAAGAGACAACAGGAUCACCCUUCACACUCUGGGUCAGGAGGGAUUAGUUGAAGAAUGCUGGUCCCAGGUGCCCAACAGGAAGAUGGUGAUGCGUUGGCCAAGAGCCACAGCUGUUAGAUGGUUGCUGUUGAUGCUCGUAUGGCAGUGGACAGUGCUGGGCCACCUCGGCUGGGUUCUGGCCCUGGCUGAGGGGCAGCAGAGUAACAACCCCUCGCUCACUGCUGCCAGCACCGGACACCAGAGUGGCGACCAAUUGGAUUGGCUGCUGUCUGAGAAGGGACCUUUCCACCGUUCUCCGGAAUACACAGAGUUCAAAGAACGCUUCCAGCAAGGAUUCUCCACACGCUAUAAGAUCUACAGGGAAUUCAGCCAUUGGAAAGUAAACAGCUUGGCUACAGAGAAGAGGGACGUUUUUAAGGCCCCCUUGCCACUGGCACCGGAGUUUCUACGCAACCUGAGGCUGCUGGGUCGAAGGCCAAGUCUGCAGCAGAUCCACGAGAACUUGAUCAAGAAAUAUGGGACACACUUUCUGGUGUCUGCUACGCUAGGAGGAGAAGAAUCGUUGACAAUCUUCCUGGAUAAGCAGAAGCUCAGUAAGAAAUCGGAGGGACAGGGAAACAGCUCGGUGGUCUCCCUGGAAGUACUGCAUCAGUUGGCUGCCUCUUAUUUCACAGACCGCGAGAGCACCUUAAGAAGACUUCACCACCUACAGAUAGCCACCUCCGCCAUAAAGGUAACAGAAACUAGGACUGGGCCACUUGGAUGCAGUAACUAUGACAGCCUUGAUUCUGUUAGCUCUGUCUUGGUACACAGUCCUGAAAAUAAAAUACAUCUAAAAGGUUUACAGGAUGUCCUUCCAGAAUUCCUCCGGAACCGUUUUGUGGAGGCUGCUCUCAGCUACGUGGCAUGCAACACUGAGGGGGAGCUUUUGUGUCGUAACAAUGACUGCUGGUGCCACUGCUCUGCCAAGUUCCCUGAUUGUAACUGCCCCUUGGCUGAUAUCAAAGUCAUGGAGGACAAUCUGCACAAAAGCAAGGAAUCCUGGACCAACUUCAACACUGAAUUUAUGGAAUCAGAUGAAUUCAAGGCCUUCAUGAAAAAACUACCAACGGACCGUUUUUUAAACACAUCCAUGGUAUUCAAGUUUUGGGCAACAGAUGCAGCUCUCCAGAAGCGCUACAGCCAAUUGGAGAUCAGCACCAAUUUGGUUCUUGGGAAAGCCCAGAAGAUUGUGAGGAAACUCUUCACUCUGAGCAAGCGCUGUCCCAAACUGCCAAGGAUCAGCCUCUCUAGAGAAAGGACACCAGGAUUUUGGCUGAGCAAGGCCCAGUCACUCCUGUACUGCAACGAGCAUGGAAUCCUGGGCACGUUUUCAGAGGAGAUGCAGAGCUGCACCUGCACUGCAGAGCACAGUAGCGCCUGCCAGGGGACAGUGCCCUGUGAGGUCGGAGAGGGGUCAACCUGCCUCUCAUGUGCCCCGGACAACAUCACCCGCUGUGGCUCCUGCCACCCUGGCAACAUCCUGCACCUGGGCUCGUGUCGGCCCAACAUAGCAAACUCUCUGGACCACUACCUGAACAUUGACUUUGACAUGCCGGACACAGAGGUCAAGUAUCUGCUCCAACAGCUGGACAGUCGCAUGGAGGUCCAUGCCAUCUACAUCAGCAAUGAUGUGCGUCUGGGCAGCUGGUUCAAUCCGGCCUGGAGGAAACGCAUGCUACUCACUCUAAAGAGCAACAAAAACAAAUCCAACCUCAUUCAUAUGCUAAUGGGAAUCUCAUUCCAGAUCUGCUCCACUAAAAACAGUACCCUGGAGCCUGUGCCUGCUAUCUAUGUCAACCCAUUUGGGGGCAGCCAUUCGGAGAGUUGGUUCAUGCCUGUCAACCAGCAGGACUUCCCAGACUGGGAGAGAACUAAAUUGGAUGCCUCUCUGCAGUGCUACAACUGGACGCUGAUGCUGGGCAACAAGUGGAAGUCCUUCUUCGAGACAGUGCACAUUUACCUGCGCAGCCGCAUCCUGACCGACGACCCCACUGUCAACGAGACCCUUUUCUACGAGCCCCUGGACCUGGACGACCACACGUCCAACCUGGGCUACAUGAAGAUCAACAGUCUCAAGGUGUUCGGCUACAGCAUGCACUUUGACCCAGAGGGCAUCAAAGACCUGAUUAUGCAGCUGGACUACCCGUACACGCAAGGAACCCAGGACGCAGCCUUUUAUAUGCUGCUGGAGAUGAGAGACCGCAUCAACCGGCUCUCCCCGCCCGGAGUGCAGCCAUUGGACAUCUUUUCAUGUCUGCUCCGACACAGGCUCAAGCUCUCCACCAGCGAGGUGGUGCGCAUCCGAGACUCCCUCCAGAUUUUCAACUCCAAGCUGCCCAAUUCCUCUGAGGCAGAACUGGGCCAGUUAUGCAGCUAGCUCAGUCUAAAUUAGGGUCCAGAGAGUGCUGCGCUGCUGGUUACUCUUCAGUCAUCCGCCAAUUUAUCCAUCUGGUUUGGAAAACAUGUACAUAUAUUUCUGAGAUGUCUAGAACAUUCCUAUACACUUGCUGAAAGACUGUGGCGUGUGUUGAAUCUGUUGAAUGUGGAGUGAUGUCAUGACAACAGAGUUUUUAAUAUAGAAAGCAAGGAGCUCAGAUGAGUUUUCAAAAGGAUCACUAUGGCUGUUCAUCUGUUGGCAUGAAGUUGAGGAAACGGAACAGGAUUUCCCUUUCUAACUUUUUUUAUUUGGUUACAGAACAAUUUAAUUUAAAAGGGAAAAUAUGAUGUGCUGAAUGAGUUGUUGAUUAUGCUUAACGGUUUACUUUGAUAAUCCUUCACAUUUGUUUAUCCUUGCCUUUCCAUUUUAUCUUUUGUUCAAAACCAUACAAGAUAUGUAUUUGUGCUUAACAUUUGGUUGAGAAGCCCCUGAAUCGUUCUAUUCAGCAACAUUACUUUACCAAAAGAAGGUGAACAUUGUGGCAAACCGAGUUGCAUAAAUGUCUUAAAUGUUGAGUUGAGUUUUUCAGCGGACUUCAAAAUGAAUUCUUCUGACAAGGUUACAAAAGGUCUGUGGAUACAGCUCUGUAAAUAUUGCUCCAUCUAUGUGGAAAGUGCGCAUACCUUUUUAUUUGAUAACCAAGUGCAAACACCCCAAAAAUAUUUGUAACAAAAAAAAAAUCAUGCCUUAUAAUGGAGAGUCAAUAUUCAGAUAAAAAGCACAUUUAGUUCAGUUUAAUUUCCAAGCUAGAUGUUUUGAACAUAUUUUGCAGGCAUACACCUUUUUUGGAAUAGGCUAACUGUAUUUGCAUUCUAAUGAGUACACUGUAUUGUGGAUCUUAACUGUAAAUGCCAGUCACAAUUCCAGUUAAACAUAUUGCGGAAUUGUAUUAUUUUUUAAACUAGUUCUUUAACUCAAAUGUUUAUUAAUGGUAUUCACGGUAGGCCUAGAUUGGAACUCAAAUUAACAUGAGCUGAUAAACUGGAGACUAUGCAUUUCUCUUAGUACAGUAUAUUCCAACUGGAUAUGUUUCAAAUCUUUUACACGGAUUGUGAUGGUUCAACAAUUGACCAUACUGCUAUAUCUAUGUCAUAUGUUAAAGUACUAUUUGACCUUUCAUUAUUUACAAAACCUACAUCUUGAGUGAAAAAUUGCUGUCAUAAAUCUACUGCUGGAAUAGCUGUGUUUCUAGGAUUUAUCAAUUUAACAUUGGACAAUAGGAACAUUUGGUCUCGACAAAGAACACAUAUUUAAAUGUCCCUCUUCGCUGUACGAAUCCUCUUUGUUACCAUGAAAUGGAAUUACCCUGGGUGCUUCCUGAUAAGAUGAAUGUUCUCUAAUAUAUGAAGUGCAGCAUUUGCAAGUUAAAACUCAUUUCCAAGGUUGUCACAGUGCACGGGAACCAAACACACAUUGUCACAUUGCAUCAAACUCACUGUGCUUCUGAACAACCUGGGAAAAACAUCAAACUAUUUUAAUAAGAUGGGAGUCACAAACACAGAGUUUGUAAAUAAAAGUUAUUUAUCUUGAUGUCAUCUAGAAAUCAUCACUUGCCCUUCAGCUAAUCGUUGGGACAGUGAAGGACACCCAAUCAAUCAAGGAGGGUCUAUUAUGCUGUGUAAACAUUUCAAACAUUCCCACAAGAAAAUGAGGGAAAUGGGGUUGGCAAUUUUUCUCCAAUGAUUUAUUAUGUUUUGAGAGUCCAAUAAUUUAAUUGAUGUUGUGGUAUUGGUCAAAUAAAAUGUGGUCCUUGUACUUAUUUUUUUGCCUGUACCUGUGUAGGUCAUGUAGUACAGUCAUCAAUUACAAUUUUGAUUAUAGGUUCAGAGAAAUGUUAGAAAUACAAAGUGUCUGGAGAAUAUAUUAUUAUUAACACACAGAGAAAGAGAGAGGGAGAGAGAGAGAGAGAGAGAGAAACUAUAAACAUUAUCAACAACAAAAACAAGGUACUAUUACAAUGUCAUUACUAUGGACAUUAUCAUAUAAUAGAAACAUUCAAACAUUCCACUCCAAAUCCACAUCCACUUGCAUAUCAGUCUAAAAUCUAAGCAUGCAAAUGAAUGCAUUAACUCUCCUUGACUUGAUUGGCUAGCCUCUCGUUACAUGAUAGACAGUACACUGAGUACAGCAGAUGAUUUCAUAGAGCAUUUAUUUACCAUGUAUUCCUUUCUGUUUGUUUGUUGCCUUUGACUGCCUCUGACUGCCUCAGUCCAUAGGACAGUAACUGACGGUUAGCAUGGCUGCCAGCACACAGCACUUAUCAUACCACCCAGAUGUUCUUCUUUCAAACUCUGUAUUCUUUUAUGUCAAUCAGUGGUUUAAUUUCUUCCAAUUCUGCCACAUUGGACUUCUUUUAACAUUUGAGGCACUUCAUUGUUAACGGCGGCCGUCCUUGAGCUUUUCAUGGCCACCAUGUUCAAGGCUGGACAGCUCUUUUCAUGUGUGCUCGAUCCAUUUUCCAUUGGUGAGAGGACGCCUGACAUGUAAAUAUCCCUGUGGAAGUAAAAGGUCUUCUACAAUGCCAACACUGUCACUUAGCAGUGGCCUGUUUGUCUGGUGUGCAAGUCUUGGGACUGGUGCCAACGUCCUUAGGCCUCAGACAGGCAUGACCUCACAAUUACGGUUUAUAACUUAUUUGAUAUGUGGGGGACAUCUUUCUUUCCACAGGGAGCCCGACCUUAGCUUUUCAAUGGGUAAUGAUAUGAGAGAAUGGCACCACUAUAAGAGGUUAUCAUUACAGUUUGAUUUGAAUGUCAUCUUUAGCUGCCUUUAUUUAAUUACAUUUUCUAUGUCAUCAGUAUUGCUACCAUCAGAAUCAAACUAUAUAUAAAGGUGGUAGUAACAUGGUUAAAAGAUUUGAACAAGUUGUGAACACUUACAAUGAUCAAUUAUAUACAUUUAUCUCUGAUAUAAUUACAGCUAUAACUUGUUCCUAUAUUUCUACCAUGUACGUACCUAUGCUGUAAAGUACACUACUUAUGCGAGCCAUUCAAGAAAUAAGCAACAAACUCUCUGUAUGUCUAGCUUGUACUAUUCCUGACAUAAUUAACCCAAGCAGUUUUUCCGUACAGUAUGAAAGGUAAUUGUCGUUCGAAAAAUGUACAGAUAUUUCCUAAACGCCUUCAACUUCUGUAUGGUUAUAGAAUAAGAUGUUGUUUUGCCCCUGAAAGCUACAAAUGUCCAGAACCAAAGUGCUGAAUGUAAAUAUUCUUAGGUUGACUCCUUCCACUUUGAUCAGACUCUACUUCACACAGCUCAAUCAAGAAUAUGAAAUAUCAGCUCAGUAUCCAGCUGAAAGAGUUAUAUUUGAUUAUAUGAUCAUGUUUUAUGUAUUUGUAUCUGUAUAUACUGAAUGAGGCGCUACAUACACAAACAUACUGAUAUGCUUACUGGUUGGCUCUUUAAAGAACCGUUUAACUUUUUAUUAUUGUUUGAUCAAAAAGAUUUGUUUCUCUCAAUGUUUUAACAGGAUGUAAAUGUUCUUAUAUUAAAUAAUAAAAAAGAACAACUAA